AUGGUUCCAAGUGGAAAGAGAAGCGGCGAGACGACGAGGACUCAUCAAGAAGAGAUAGAGACUCGGGACUCCAACGAGGCUACAGGGACCGCUGCCGACCAAGGUCGAGAUCAAGAUCCAGAACCCCUCCGCGAAGACGUUCACCCCGAAGAGAGGACCGAGAUCGCGAGAGAAGACGAGAUCGAGACCGAGACGAGCACUGACAACGCGGCGGAGGACUUCAAGGGAGUGGUCGCCAUGACAAUUGGUAGAAAACCCCACGAGACACUCCUCAAGCGACAAGGUGAAAGACCAUUCAAGGAUCAAUUGACUCUACAAGACUAUGGGGUCAGUAACAGCGUACAGCUGGAUUUGGAGGUCGACACGGGAGAUUAA